AUGAUUCGAGAUCCUCCGGCCAUGCACAAACCUGACAAUGCCAGUAGUCAACAGGAUGAAAAUAAAUAUGGCCUGAGCAGUACAAUGACUAACACGGGGGGUGCGAGGUUGUGCGCCCAGUGCGGGAAAGUCAUUACCGAGAGGUUCCUUCUGAAAGCUAUGGAGCGGUUUUGGCACGAGGAUUGCCUUAAGUGUGGAUGUUGCGACUGCCGUCUAGGAGAAGUCGGUUCCAAAUUAUACUACAAGGCAGAUCUCAUGCUCUGCAAACGAGAUUAUCUUAGGUUAUUUGGUGCCACAGGCAACUGUGUGGCGUGCAACAAAGUCAUUCCCGCUUUCGAAAUGGUUAUGCGAGCAAAGAGUUUCGUUUACCACUUAGAGUGCUUCGCUUGUCAACAGUGCAAUCAUAGGUUCUGCGUAGGCGACAGAUUCUAUUUAUGCGAUAACAAGAUACUAUGCGAGUAUGACUAUGAAGAGAGGUUAGUGUUCGCAAGCAUGGCGGCCAAUCCUAGCGGGCUGGCUCACAUCCGUCGUCAAGUAAGCGGACUACAGUCGCCAACCGGCGGGGGAGGUUACGUUGGAGCGGUAGGAGCUUGUGGUGGUGGAGCCGCGGCUGGUGGAGCUCUAGUUGACAAGGAUGCAGGAGGCUGCGCGGGAGCUGAUGACGCCUCCAGUGGGUACGGCAGCCCACCUGACCCUGACGUGUGUGACGCCGCGCGAUGA